AUGCGACCACGUAUCACGGUGAAUCUGAGAGCCCUUGUAGCUCCUAAUAGCGGCAUACUUUGGGUGACAAACUCCAGAUUUCCGCCCAAAUCACCAUCGAGUCUCGGCUCAUCUCCCUGGCCCGAGACCGCAUCGAUUAGACUCUACGAGACAUUGAAGAAAUAUCAAGAAUUGGAACAAAUGCUCAAAGAGAACCGAAAAGCCUUGGAGAAAUUGAAUGCAAUGGGGAUGAAUCACUCGCUGGAGAGCAUUGAGCGUUCCAUAACUAUUGCGAAAUGGCUUCGAAAACAAGCCCAGGAAGUUUAUGAUAAACUUUCAUUACCUGUUCGGAAGCUACUGGAGUUCCGUCGAUUGGCUGGGGAGUAUGCCUCGCGAUGGUUUGGGACGAGUGACAAGUGA